GGAAAUGGCAAGAAUUUUUAUCAAACUUUAGCUGGAGUGGGAGAAGGGACUGUCAGCCAGAAUCCUGCCAGUUUGGGGAAGAGUUGGUCAAAGAGAUUCUUGAAAGAGGGUGGAGUCCUUUUUGUUGUAGGCCCGAGUAGCUGCUGCCAAAACGGGCAAGUUCAUGAAACUGGGGAAGGUGGUGCUUGUUCUGGCUGGAUGCUACUCUGGACGCAAAGCCAUCAUUGCGAAAAACAUUGAUGAUGGCACCUCAGAUCACCCCUACACCCAUGCUCUGGUGGCUGGAAUUGACCACAAUCCCCGCAAAGUGACAGCUGCCAUGGGCAAGAAGAAGAUUGCCAAGAGGUCAAAGAUCAAGUCUUUUCUGAAAGUUUAUAACUACAAUCAUCUGAUGCCCACAAGGUACUCUGUGGAUAUCCCCUUGGACAGAACUGUCAGCAAUAAGAAUGUCUUCAGAGAUCCUGCUCUUAAACCCAAGGCCUGGCAGGAGGCCGAGGUCAAGUUUGAAGAGCUAUACCAGAUAGGCAAGAACAAGUGGUUCUUCUAGAAGCUGAGCUUUUAGAUGCUUUGUUUUGGUCAUUAAAAA